GGGUUGUAGUUUUCCUCUUAUCCAGGCCGGCUGCUUGCUUGGGUGACUCUCUGCAGCAGCUGUCGCAGCAAGAGGAGGCGGGGGGACGAUGUCUGCCGUUUGGGAGCUGCUGGCUCUGAGCUCCUCUCUGCUGCUGGUUGUCUUGGCGCAAGGGGGCAAAUACUCCAGGGAGGUGAAUGAGGCUGCUACAGCCGGCAGCCCGAAGCGCCAGGAGGCCGGGGAGUUCAGGGUUGUGAAGCUGAACCAGAUCUGGGAGAAAGCGCAGCGGCUUCAUCUAUCGGCAGUAAAAUUGGCAGAGCUACAUAGUGACCUCAAAAUACAAGAAAAGGAUGAGCUGAGCUGGAAAAAGCUGAAGGCUGAAGGGCUUGAUGAAGAUGGAGAAAAAGAAGCCAAACUUAGACGCAAUUUAAAUGUAAUUAUGACUAAAUAUGGAAUGAAUGGAAAGAAAGAUGCCCAACUAGUAGAUACCAAUUACAUUAAAGAUGGCACAGAAAGUGAUGUGCUAGAUGAUCCAAGACUGGAGAAAUUAUGGAGCAAGGCCAAGACCUCUGGGAAGUUUUCCGAUCAGGAGCUGGAUAAGCUAUGGCGGGAAUUUAAGCAUCACAAAGAAAAGAUUCACGAAUAUAAUAUCCUGUUAGAGACUGUGAGCAGAACAGAAGAAAUCCACAAAAAUAUGAUCAAUCCAUCUGAAGAGGACCAAUUCAAAGAGGAAAUCUUGCAUGGCAAACACACAGAACUCAAAGACAAAAUGCGAAGCAUCAAUCAAGGGCUUGAUCGUUUACGUAAAAUCAGCCACCAAGGAUAUGACCCAGCCAGUGAAUUUGAUGAACCCAGAGUGAUUGACUUAUGGGACAUGGCCAAAUCAGCCAACUUUACUGAGAAAGAACUCGAAUCAUUUCGGGAGGAGCUGAAACACUUUGAAGCAAAAAUUGAAAAACAUCAUCAUUACCAAAAACAGCUAGAGAUUUCCCAUCAGAAACUGAAGCAUGUGGAGGGAACGGGCGAUAAAGAUCAUCUGAGCAGAAACAAAGAGAAAUAUGUCAUGCUAGAAGAAAAGACUAAAGAAUUGGGAUACAAGGUAAAGAAGCACCUACAAGACUUAUCAAGUAGACUCUCAAGAGGUCUUCAACACAACGAACUCUGAACGUAUUUUCCAUGUUGUGAGAUCAAUAUACCCAAUAGAUCACUUUUCCUGGGACUUAUCGAAUACCUAGAGAAGCAGAUAAUUAAAUAUAUUAAGCACCCAACAGGAUUGUCCUUUGUAAGGAAUAUGUUUUCAGUGCUUUUACAUUUUAGUCACUGAACUGAUACUGUGAGAGUCAAAUUAAAUGAACCAGUUAUAAAUAUA